AUGCUUGGGUUGAAACGUAUUACAGGCUUUAAAAGAUGCUACAGCAGCUCUAUUUCCCAGGAUUUCUUGAAAAAUGUACUCGAAAGAGUGAAGGAAACUACGUCAAGGAAAGCUGCUCCCCCUAUGAGGAACAAUAGAAACAUGAAGGCGAAGGACGGGAGAAAACCAAGACAAAAUGGUCCAAGGAAAAACAAUUAUAAAGGAAGGUCGGAAAAUCAAAUUGUGCAAAGGACAAAGCCAACUAUUAAUGUUAAUAUUAUCAACAGACAGCCUCAAUUCCAGAAGAGGCAUGGCGCGAACGCGGCAGUAGCUGCUGAAUCGGCAGACAACCUAAUUGAUGCGUUAGAUACUAAUAACGUUACUUCUUCUAAGCGUCAAAAAAAAUUGCCCAGGAAAACCCAAAGAAGCGUCCCGGCACUCGCUCAAAAUCCAACCACUACGGAGGAUAUCAUCGCGCAGGCCAAGAGAACAGUUGUAUCUCAGCAAUAUAUUCCUACAGAACCCACACCACUUUCACUAGUGAAAUAUACCCCUAGAAUAGCUAAUAGCUUCGGUGCGAGGUUUAAAAGUUAUGGUCUCUCCACACUAGACCAAUCCAACUUUCCUCUUUAUCGUCCUGUGAACUUAGGAGUUGCUUCAUUUCCCGACCAAAGCCCAGCUAAUAUUUCACUAACUCCUCGCUCCCAAUAUUUUGGCCAAUAUACACCUUACACUGGUCUAGUCUGGCAAAGGGAGAAGUUCUUGAAAAACAUUGUUCCUAAAUCGAAUAUCGAAGAAUUCUCCACUUUUGUCAAAGGUGAGCGUAUUCCGCUUCAGAAAUUAACAAAAGAUGACUUCAUGAAAUUUGCUAAAACUGAUAAAAAACGUCAAGAGCUUGUCUGGAACAGUGAAACGGUCAGACUGAGUGUGGAGCGCAGUGGUCUUGAUAAUGCCAGCAAGCAGUUGGUGUUUGAAGUGUGCUCUGGCCUCAAACCAGUGGCCGAAUUAAAAACUUAA